UGUACCCUAUCGCAAAUCACAUAUAUCACUCAAAUUAAACUAUUAAAAUAUCAGACAGUUUUGUUAAAAAAUGUUUCCUUUUUAAAGUUUGAUAUUCAAUAAGGAUUUGUUUUUAUAUGAAACAAUUAAGUUUUAGCAUUUUUUUAUUACAAUAAUGUAGUGGAAUAAACUUUCAAUAAAAUCAUGGUGGAAUUCUGUUUUAAGCACGAAGACUUUAUUUUAUUUGCUGGUGUCCUAGGAUUACUUUCAUUGUCACAUCUAGCUCAUGGUACUACAAACAGUUCGGUUCUAUCAUCCCAGCCAACGAUGGCAUUAAACUCCACGCCUGUUUCAAUCACUUCAUCAAUGUCGCCAUUGACGUCAUCUUCGAUCUCCCGAGAUGUAUAUACAAACUCGUCCAGAUAUAUAUCGCCUACACCAAGUCUAAGACAAUACUCCACUACAGUAGAAAAAUCUUCUUCUGCAAACAAAACCUCAUCAUUGCGGACUCCCACAUCAUCAACACGCAGCUUCCAACAUAUAUUGCCAUUAAGUGUUUUAUCAACAAAACAUGUAAAUUCAGGACAUAGUAAUUCGCUUCUGACAGCAUCAAGAUCGCAUUCAUCGCAUAGUGUAAUAUCAGUGUCAACUGUGCGUGUACACAUACAAUCAUCAUCCACUGCAAUGUUACUUUCUUCAGAUAUACCAGUUCCUAUAUCAAGUUUAUCGCCACCGAAGGUGAACAACUUAUCUCUUUAUUCCGAUAUUAGUUAUCAGUUCGCGACGAGUACCAUUAUUUCAAAUCAUCACGUGCCUUUGUCACCGACCACUUCGUCAGCCACAUCUACGUUUGGGAUAUUAACAGCGGCAUCUUUGACAAAUUUGACUACCUCUGUACAGACGCAGUUUACAUCAAUCCCUGGAACCUUUGCUACCACUUCCAUAACUGUGAAUGGCUCUUCUCAAACUAGCAUCAAACCAACUGUAACGACGACAGGUGGUAUAGUUUCACACUCGCCAAGUAUUCAUCUAGUAAAACCCAGUAUGGUCAUCAAACCUCCACCACUUCUCCCUGUUACAAAACCUACUGGGGCGUCAUCAUUGCAUGGCUGCAAAAUUGGAAGUUGUUGUACUUAUGGGCUUAGUCAGCUUCCGGUUCAACUGAGCUUCGAGGAGUCAGAACCAAGAGGUUACGUUUUGGCGGUAAUACGGGACGUGAAGAACGUAAAUUUUACAGUGAAGGUAGCAAGACCUUUAGAACUUGCCAACAUUCUUAAAGAUAACUUCGCUCUUGUCACAACAAUAACCGGUUACAAUCUAGUGCUGAGUAAAGAAAUAGAUCUAGAAGACUUGUAUGAUAAAACUGAUGGAAAAGUGGAUGUACACACCUUACAAAUGCAAAUAAGUUGUACUGAAAACUCUAGCAUAAUUGUUCCUCCACGCAUGCUCAACGUCUCUAUAGAUGACGUAGAUGACAAUAUGCCAGUGUUCCGACAACCUGGUAUAGACUCAAAGGAUUGUGUUAUACCAGUGUAUAAAGCUGAUACAAGCGAGGAUUACACGGGUGAACUUGCUCUAAAUCCUGGUAAGAUAGAGGCUGUAGAUGGAGAUGUCUCAUUUAGACACAAUAUCUCGUACAAGGUCAUGCACUCGGAGCCGGCGGAUUACCAUUUGUAUUUCAGCUUAGAUACCGAAAAUGGAACCGUCCAUAAAACUAAGACUAUGAACUCUAGUGAUCCAAAUAAAUACGUCAUAUUUGUACAGGCGGUAGAGGACUCCCCUCAACAGAAGUCACGUGUCGCAGUCCUGCUGGUUGUUGUUGUUGCUCCUAGCGAUCCAUUUUCAGACCAGCACAAAGCUAGUCCGACUGCAAGGCUUGCCUUAAAGAUUGCAUGUGCCUUUAUUUUGAUGGCGUUUAUCUGUGGAGUUGUUGUGAUCGUGCACCACAGAUACACACUUUCACGUGCAAAGGUUGAGUCCCGGGAUGGGAAUGAGUUGCGAGACAUGAAGUUACCAAAACUUGCAGUUUAUCAGAGCUCCAAUUCGAGUCUUAAUUCCGCCAUUCCAGAAAUACCAGUCAUAAACAGUCCAUCCCAAAUAGUUGUGGCUAGCUGUGAAAACACAUUAAAACCAGAAAAAUGGGAUAACGAAAACCGAAGGUCUUCUAUCGAGCGACGAGAGUCGGAGUCACAGAGAAAACGGAGACUAAUUGUUAAAAAGCCGAUUGAUACUAAAUCCCGUCCCAGCUGGAACGCUCCGUCACCUAAACCCAAACGGACCCGCUAUAACCCGUUCUCCGUAUAUCAAACACAGCAUAACAGUCAUUAGUUGGGACAUUGUAGACAUUUUUGAGAGUAACAUUCUGACUAAAUUUGAACCUUCAACUUUUCGUGAAAUAAUAAUAAUUAUCAAAAUGCCAUUAGACAAAUAAAGACCUUAAGAAAAUCACCAUAAAACAUGAAACAAAAUAAGGUCAAUGCUUCAAAGAUUAUAAACUUAAUUGUAUGUCACCAUAUAAUAAAAGCACUGCGGUGAUAUUUUAGGCGAAUCAUUGUUUUCAUGCCAUGUCUAUCCUCGGCAUUUUUAAACGAUAUUUAUUUUGUGUAAACAUGAACUCUUAUAAUUAUGUAAAUGUAAAUAAAAUGUUUGCUUCUUUU